AUGGCCACCCCAUCUGAGCCGCUCCGAGUCGUCGAGUUCUUCGCCGGCAUCGGCGGGCUGCACUACGCGCUGCAGCGCAGCGGCGUGCCUCACCGCGUCGUCCAGGCGUUUGAUGUCGACGACUCGGCGGUGCGCACCUACCGGCACAACCUGCCUCGCACGCCGGUGUCCACCAAGAACAUCGUCUCGCUGCAGCAGGCCGACCUGCAGCGCCUCGCGGCAGACUGCUGGCUCCUCUCCCCGCCCUGCCAGCCGCACACGCGGCAAGGGCUACAGCUGGCCGAAUCAGACGGCCGUGCUGCCGCGCUCGCCCGCCUCGUCGACCUGCUCGAGGCAGCGGACCCGCCUCUGCUCCCCUCCUCCCUCCUGCUCGAGAACGUGGUUGGCUUCGAGUCGUCAUCCACCCGCACCCGCCUCCGCGCAGUCCUGCUCGGGCGAGGCUACUCGGUGCGAGAGCUGUGGGCCUCGCCCGCCCAGAUCGGCGUCCCCAACCAGCGGACACGCUACUUCCUCCUCGCCUCGCGGAGAAGCGCCUGCGAGCCGCUCUCCUCCUACCUCCUCCCGCACUGCGGCGGCGAUGGCGGGGCGGAGGGCGGGGCGGAGGCCGAGGCGAUGGCGGGUGCGGCGGUGGCGGAGCACGUGCUCGAGCGGUACGGCGCGGCGAUGGACCUGGUGAGCCGCGGCUCGCGCCGCUCGUGCUGCUUCACCAAGAACUACUCGCGCUACGUCAAGGGGACGGGGUCGGUGCUGUGUCGCCUUGGUUGCGAGGGGCUCCUCACGCCUCUCGCUGCGAACAGGCCGCGCUUCUUCCUGCCGCGCGAAGUGGCGAACUUGCACGGCUUCCCGCCCCACUUCGGCUUCCCGCCAGAGGUGAGCACGCGCAAGCAGUACGAGCUGCUCGGCAACUCGCUCUCGGUGCAGGUGGUCGCAACGCUGCUGCGCUACCUGCUGCUGCCUGCCGGAGACGGGAUGGCGGUGGAGGAGCAGAGGAGAAGGGGUUCGGAAGCGUGA